AUGCUUGGCGAGGGUUUCAUUUGGGCUUCUCAGGGCAAUGCUGCUUACCGCGACUGGGCUUUCAAACAGUGCCAGAGUCUGUUCACAUGCCUUAGCAACAACAAAAUACUGGUGGCUUUUGCUACCAUCGCCAUUGUUAAGACGUUGACGUGGGUAUGGUACUAUGUUGGAGGGUUCGGGCUGAACGAAUCCCUAAAAAUGCUCAAAAACCACACACUCCGGCCUUUCUUCCUUUCUCUGACGUCCUCGUUCCUGCUGAGGUCCAAAGUCGACAAAGAGGUCAAAAAAUCGCUGAUCAGUAUUGAAGAUAGUCUGAUGAAGGGUGACGAGCGAUUGACGCAAUUCUCGCAUCUACCUUCGACCGGUUUGGAAGAACAACAAGUGUUGCAGGAGCUUGACCUUUCUCAGAGGGUAUUGGCUCACUCAGACUGGGAAGGUGGCAAAGUUUCCGGCGCCGUGUACCAUGGUGGCAAGGAACUGAUCCACCUGCAGAGUCAGGCGUUCGAAAAGUACUGCGUUGCUAACCAGUUACAUCCUGAUGUCUUUCCUGCCGUCAGGAAAAUGGAAGCGGAAGUGGUCUCCAUGGUGCUCAACAUGUUUCACGCCCCCGAAUCAACUGCUUGUGGUACCACAACUUCAGGAGGCACGGAAUCGCUGUUACUGGCGUGUUUGAGUGCCAAGAUGUACGCCUUACACCACAAAGGAAUCAAGAAUCCAGAAAUCAUCGCUCCCGUUACUGCACACGCGGCAUUUGAUAAGGCAGCUUACUACUUUGGUAUGACUUUACGGCAUGCGCCAUUAGACCCCAAGACUUUUAAAGUCGACCUCAAGAGAGUUCGCAGAUUAAUCAAUAAGAACACUGUUUUACUGGUGGGAUCUGCACCAAACUUUCCAUACGGUAUUGUGGACGACAUUGAGGGUUUGGGUAUGCUAGCCCAACAAAAAAAUAUUCCCUUACACGUUGACUGUUGUCUAGGUUCCUUCGUCAUCGCACACAUGGAAAAAGCUGGCUUCAAAGACAUACCUCCAUUCGAUUUCAGAGUGCCAGGUGUCACUUCUGUUUCAUGCGACACCCACAAGUACGGAUUUGCGCCAAAGGGCUCCUCUGUUAUUUUGUACAGGAGCAGAGAACUACGAAUGCAUCAAUACUAUUUGUUAGCGGAUUGGGUUGGCGGGCUUUAUGGCUCUCCCACUCUUGCUGGCAGUCGCCCGGGGGCUCUGGUAGUAGGUUGCUGGGCAACUAUGAUUCGCAUCGGAGAACAGGGGUAUAUUGACUCUUGCAAAGAAAUCAUCAGUACUGCAAGGGAGCUGAAGACAUACAUCGAGGAUAGAAUUCCGGACCUGCAGAUUAUAGGCGAUCCCAAAUGCUCUGUAGUUGCUUUUACAUCGGACAAAAUUGAUGUGCAUGAACUCUCGGACAAACUAGCGCAAAAAGGCUGGCAUUUGAGUGCUCUACAAAAUCCUCCUGCCCUGCAUUUGGCCGUUACCUGGCUUACAAGACCAGUAAUAUCUGAGCUAACUGAAACACUACGUGAUUUGGUUGAAGAACUAAAAAAAAACGGAACCAAAAAGCCAUCUUCUGACGGAACCAGUGCCCUUUACGGUGUGGCAGGAAGUGUCCAAACUAGCGGAGUCGUAGAUCGACUGCUGGUAGGAUUUCUUGACACACUAUAUAAGACGAAGCGUGAUUUUUAA